AUGAAAAACGGCUUAUUGAGAAUAUGGAGCUUUCGGCAUCACCUCAUCAUAGUCUUAGCACCGCUUGUGUUUUUACCGGUAGUAUUUAUCUUGCCUCCUAAGGAAGGGAAAUGUCUCUAUUUAAUCCUGAUUAUAGCUACGUUCUGGUGUACUGAAGCAUUGCCACUCACGAUAACCUCACUGCUCCCUGUCAGCCUCUUCCCGAUAUUUGGAGUCCUACCUUCAUCAAAGACCUGCCCUCUGUACUUCCUUGAGACAAAUGUUUUCUUCUUUGGUGGUUUGAUCCUGGCUGUGGCGAUCGAAGACUGUAACUUACACCGCAGAGUAGCGCUCACAAUCCUCAGGUUGCUGGGGGUUAACCCUUUAAUGCUUAUCCUGGGUAUCAUGCUGACCACUGCCCUUCUCUCCAUGUGGCUGAGUAACACAGCCACGACUGCUAUGAUGAUGCCUAUAGCCACCGCUGUCCUUAAGAGGCUGUGUAAUGGUUCGGAGGCAGUGCCACAGAAGGAACCAAAAGGGAAUGGGUCACCUUCCGAAGAGAAUGCUGAUAAUCAAGAAGCAGAAGAAGAAAGAAAGAGUGAAGUACAGGAAUUCAAAACUGAGGACGCACCUCAGUCUAUUGGACAGAACCAACUGGGAAAGCCUGAUGAGAAGUUAGCAAAGGGUAUGCUCAUUUCCAUUCCAUUUGCUGCCACUAUCGGAGGGAUAAGCACUUUAACAGGAACACCACCAAACCUCAUCCUUGACGGCCAACUGAAAAGCAUUUUUCCUCAAUCGGACGAGUUGAAUUUUGGCUCCUGGUUCCUGUUUGCCUUACCCCUCUCUGUAAUACUCCUCAUACUAGCAUGGCUCUGGCUAGCAUUCAUGUCUGGAGGACUCAAGCUAAGGUCACUGAUAAAGAGAAAAAGUACGGAAACAGAAUCCAAGGCAAAAGCUGUAAUCCAGUCAGAAUAUGCACAGCUGGGUCCAAUAACAUUCGCUGAGGGAGCUGUGGCUGGUUUCUUCUUCACAUUUGUAAUUCUUCUCUUCACAAGAAAUCCCAAAUUUGUGCCAGGAUGGUCGAAAAUCUUUAAACCUAAGUAUGUCUCAGACGCAGUGGUUGCAAUGGCAGUAGUUUUUCUGAUGUUCAUCUUUCCUUCACGGAAACCCUCGUUAAAGUGGAAAACAGAUCCUGAAGAGCCAGUUACUCCACGCAAACCACUGUUGACUUGGGAAAAGGUCCAGCACAAAGUGGCCUGGAAUGUCAUAAUACUGCUGGGUGGAGGAUUCACCAUUGCAAAAGCUUGUGAGGAGUCAGGGCUUUCGAGGUGGAUUGGAAACAAGCUGCGUCCUCUGGAACAUAUCCCAGCCAGUAUCAUUGCUCUGACUGUCAGCCUGGUUAUUAGCUCAUUCACUGAAUUUACCAGCAACUCUGCCACAAGUAUAAUCUUCCUGCCUAUUUUGGCUGAGCUGGCUGUUCGAGCCAAUAAUCAUCCUUUGUACCUGAUGAUUCCAGGGGCAGUGAGCUGUUCAUUUGCCUUCAUGCUGCCAGUUGCAACUCCACCAAAUGCCAUUGCUUUUGCAACAGGGCAGUUAAAAGUCAAGGAUAUGAUGAAAAUGGGAUUGCUGAUGAAUAUCAUGGGGAUCAUCUUAAUUAACGUUGCCAUCAACACAUGGGGCAGCCUCAUCUUCAAGUUCUCAACAUUUCCAGAUUGGGCCGAGGCGUUGAAAAACGACACCAGCCGGGCAGGAACAAUCUUCCAGCUGUAUUAUCUGAACGCAGUAGAUUGAUUCAACCUGCCGGAAACCUGAUGGCCGAUGCCCCUUUCCACUGCUUCAUUUCGAAGACUCUCCCCACCAUCAGUGUGACCCAACUUCUACUAGUCACACUCAUAAACAACAUUCUUUCUCUAAACUAUUUGUGUUCACAAGCAAAAACAAAUUGAAUUCUCUCAACACUUGUGUGGGACAUAGGCUUGGUUAGCAACGCUAGCAUUUGUUGCCCAUCCCCAGGUGCCCUUGUACUGACUGGCUCUCCAGGCCAUUUCAGAGCACAGUUAAGAGUUAAGAGUCAAACCCACUAAUGUGGGUCUGAAAUCACAGCUAGGACAGACCAGGAGAAGAUGUCAGAUUUCCUUCCCUAAAGGACAUUAGUGAAUAAAAUGUGUUUUGACAGCAAUCAACUCAUGGCCAUCAAUAAACUAGCUGUUCAUUCCAGACUUGUGUUUUCCUAACUGAAUUCAAUUUUCACUAUUUGCCCGAAUUGGAUUUGAACCCAUGUCACUAGAUUGCUACACUCCAAUGUCUAGCUUGUUGAGCCUUACUCAUCCAAAGACAUAAGGAAAACCAGGCAAUAUCUUUUUUAGCACAUGAUUUUACAGAUACAGACUUUGGCUUAGUGAAAGUUGUUUCCCAUUUGCUCUCCACUUCCCAUGGCUGUGCCCCACCUGGCCAUUCACAACACACCUCCGUGAAUGAUCAGCUUGCCCACAAUUCUACUCUACAGCAAGUGACAAAGCUCCUCAGAUUGGUGCAAGGAAAGCUUCCAGGCCCCUCAGCUUUUCAAUGCCAAUGAAAAAAAGUCUGACAUUUAACAGUAAAGGAAAUAUUCCCGUACGAUCUUUAUUGUUGUAAAAAUAUUACAAAUAAAAAUAAAGAUAGGGUAGGUUAUUUAAAACAUUAUUUUACUUCC